AAAAUAUCUUCCCUCUUCUACAACCUCUCGAAAACCCUAGUCUUCUCCCGUUCCGCCUUCUUUCGUUCCCCGGUUCUGAUCCACCGACGAUGAACUUCUUGUUUCGGAGGUCUUCUUUCGUCGUCGCCUCGGCAUCGAGGCGAGCUCUAGUUGCUCUGAUAUCCUCGGAGACUUCUCUACUCCCGUUGUUUACCGCCUUGGAGCCAUCAGCUUGUUCCCGUAGUUCUUUCGCUCCCGUCGAUAUUAUUGAUCUUGGCAGUGUGCGGAGAAGGGAAUUUCAUUCCUCCGCGAAUCGGCUGGAAUUCCGCGCCACUAACGCCGCCUGCGCGGAGUACGCAGUUGACGAGUACGUCGACGAAGACAAGGGGGGCGUCAAGAGGGGUGAUGAGGGGUUGGAGAUCGCCAAGCUGGGGAUAGCACAGGAUAUCGUCACUCAGCUGGCUAACAAGGGAAUCACGAAGCUUUUCCCGAUACAGAAAGCUGUUCUUGAACCUGCAAUGCAAGGACGAGACAUGAUUGGUCGUGCAAGGACAGGCACAGGGAAAACUCUUGCUUUUGGAAUUCCAAUUCUGGAUAAGAUUAUCCAUUUUCAGGCCAAGCAUGGCUGUGGAAAAAACCCUAUGGCCAUGGUACUAGCACCUACUAGGGAGCUUGCUCGACAAGUUGAGAAGGAAUUCAGAGAAUCUUCCAAGUUGUACACUCUAUGUGUUUAUGGAGGUUCUCCUAUUAACCAACAGAUAAGAGCACUUAAUUAUGGUGUUGAUGUUGUGGUUGGCACUCCCGGGAGAAUUAUUGAUUUGCUUAAUAGAGGCUCUUUGAAUCUGUCAGAGAUUAAAUUUAUUGUCCUUGAUGAAGCUGAUCAGAUGCUUAAUGUUGGUUUUGCUGAAGAUGUAGAGAUGAUAUUGGAAAAAAUGCCACCGAAGCAUCAAACCAUGAUGUUCUCUGCUACUAUGCCACCUUGGAUUAGAAAACUUACACAAAGAUACCUAAAAGAUCCCGUCAUCAUUGACCUUGUUGGUGACUCUGACCAAAAGUUACCAGAAGGGAUAACUAUAUAUUCUAUUGUUUCAGAUAAUUAUGCAAAGCCAUCAAUUCUUGGGCCAUUGAUAAAGGAGCAUGCUAAAGGUGGUAAAUGCAUAGUAUUUACUCAAACAAAGCGAGAUGCAGAUAAGUUAGCUUAUGCCAUGGCCAGAAGCUUUGGAUGUGAAGCCCUUCAUGGUGACAUUUCACAGAGCCAGAGGGAAAGAACACUAGCUGGAUUUAAGGAUGGCCGCUUUAACAUUUUGAUAGCUACUGAUGUUGCAGCUCGUGGUUUAGAUAUACCUAAUGUUGAUCUGGUGAUACAUUAUGAAAUGCCAAACACUUCUGAGUUAUUUGUUCAUAGAUCUGGUCGAACAGGGCGAGCUGGCAAAAAAGGAAGUACAAUUCUCAUACAUUCACAUGAGCAACACCGUGUUGUUAGAGGUAUUGAACAAGAUAUUGGAUGCAAAUUUAUCGAGCUUCCAAGGAUUACAGUAGAUGAUGGGGGUGAAGGUAUGUUUGGUAGCAUGGGUGGUGGUCGUUUUGAUUCAUAUGGUAGAAUGGGUGGUUCAGGUUUUCGACGCAGUGGAAAUUAUGGUGGUUCUGGAUUUGGCCAUUCUCGUGGAUUUGAUGGUUCUAAUGAUUUUGGAGCUCCCUCAAGCCGCAGGGGUAGCUUCAGAGACACUGGAUCAGGAGGUUUCAACUCCUUUGGUAGGUCACGGUCAACUUCAGAUGCAUCAAGCAGGUCCGGCGGUUUCAGUUUUGACCGCUUUGGUGGGUUUGGUGAUUCAGGCUCAGGACGUUCUAGUAGCUUUGGAGAGUUUGACUCGGGGCGUUUCGGCAGCAACAACUUUGGUAAUCUUAGCAAUUCUGGGUCGAGUCGCUCUAGCCCACGUGGUUCCAGUGAGUCCACAGAAAGCAAUUUUAGAAAGGAUGGUGGUGGAUUUGGGGUCUUGUCAGGACGUUCUAGCAGCUUUGGGGAGUUUGGCUCUGGGCGCCCCAGAGGCAAUGACUAUGGUAGUUUUGGCAGUUCUGCAUCUAGACGCUCACGGCCACGCAGCUCCAGCGAGCCCAGAGAAAGCAGUUUCGGAAAGGAUGAUGAUGAUGACUGGCCAUGAAGAUCAUUCUGAUUUCAUCUUAUUGUAGUUUAGCUUUAUGAUCUACCAAGGCUUUCAUUGUAGAUACCCAUCCUAGAUGCAAUUCUCUCUCCAGCAAGCCAAGCCAUUCGUGCACCUGUUGCUAACCAGGGUUCUGUAUCUCAUAACCCGGGAUUGCUUUCAGAAGUACAACAUGUUUUUGAGUUGAGUAUUCUAGUAAAUUUGGUUCACCAGGAAGUGGAUCAGGGAACUAUGAGACAUCAAUAGCUUGCACAUGAUUUCAGGUUACUCUGAUUACUAUUAGGUGGAAAAUUAUAUAGAGAACUUUGAGUAUGUAAUACUUUAUGAUCCUAAAGUUGCCGUAUGAAUGUCUUUGUUGUGUUGUUACUA